UACUUUGGGGUUGGUUUCAGAGUCCUGCGAGUUUGCUGGAAGUUGUUCCUUGCAGGGACUAGAGCUUCCUCGCGGUGACAGCGGCGUGGACUCCGUUAUGGGCUCGAGUCUUACUCAGACUGCAUUUCACCGCACACCUUACUGAGCACGCUGUGUGUGCACCCCUUCGUUGGGGACUGCGUUCACCUGAGUGAGAGAGAUUGAAGCUGAAGCCGUAGGAGAAGCAUAUGCAGUACAGCCUGAGCGUGCCAAGGAGGGACUGUUUUCCUGCAGGACCGGGAUUGGGAAGAGGGAGACAUUUGCAUCGCAGAACAGGUCGCGUUGUUGGAAUUUCUCCCAGGGAGGCUUCCUGGGCAGUCCAAAGCCAGUCAUCCUCUCGCCCCGCAGGAGGACCAUGUCCCUGGACUUCGGCAGUGUGGCGCUGCAGACCCAGACUGAGGAGGAAAACUAUGACAAAGAAGACUAUGAGAGAGAGAGAGAGUUGCAGCAGCUGCUCACAGACCUUCCUCACGACAUGCUGGACGAUGACCUCUCCUCCCCCGAGCUCCAGGACUCAGACUGCAGCGAGCAUGGCCUGGAGGGACAUCCGCAUCCUUCCGAGCGACUGGAGCUGACCUGGGAUAAGCGUCAGGUGCUGCCCCGAUCUUCGAGUGCAGAUGUGAGUCUCUGGUAUGGCCAGGAAAAGUGCUGGUUUUGCCCUUGUUUAAUACACCGUAAUGAAAUUCCGGCUUAUGUUGGACAGGCUUGUGGCAACGGCUGGGGAGAAAGUCAAAGUAAAACUGAAGACCGACAUCCGGGCUUCCCUCCCGAAGAGGGUAGGGACGCAGGCGGAAGUGGCUAUAGUCCUCCAGGCAGAGGCGAACAGACCGACUUGUACCUCCCGCCCGAGCACCGCAGGCCAUACGCCAGUGGCCAGCAGCAGGAGCCUGGUAACCAGCCGGCCAGUGUCGUUAGAUUUUCAGAUCCUCCACGGAACCAUUUUCAGCAAUUUGGUUCAACACAAGGUCCCAGUGGUCAAGCUUUGGAGCCAUAUAAAGUGACAUAUAAACCGUACCAAGCUCCUGUCAAGGACAGUAGCUCGCCAGCCCAGGAGGUAGCGGGAUGCGACACAUUUGAAGGCCUGCAGCAACAAUUUUUAGGAGCCCAUGAAAAUUGUGCAGAGAAUGUGCAGAUUGUCCAACUUCGGGUUCUUAACAAGGCAAAAGAGAGACAACUGGGUAACUUAGCUGAAAAGUUAAGUGACAGUGAGCGUCAGAUUCGGUAUCUGAACCACCAGCUUCUGAUGAUCAAAGAUGAGAAGGAUGGCUUGGCCGUCAGCCUUCAAGAAUCACAGAAGCUCUUUCAGGAUGGGAAAGAAAGGGAGAUACAGCUUGAAGCACAAAUCAAAGCACUGGAGACCCAAAUACAAGCAUUAAAAGUCAAUGAAGAAAAGAUGAUCAAGAAGUCCCGGGCCACCGAGAUGGCUCUGGAGAGCCUGAAGCAGCAGCUGCUGGCCCUGCGUCACUCUGAGGCCCUGCAGCGAGCCAGAGAGCAGCAUGAGGGCAUCGUGGCGGGCCUCACGAAGAAGUACGAGGAGCAGGUGUCGUCCCUACAGGCGAAUCUGGACGCCACCGUCGCGGCCCUUAAGGAGCAGGAAGACAUCUGUUCUCGUUUAAAAGAUCACGUGAAACAGCUGGAAAGGAAUCAGGAAGCCACCAGAGUGGAGAAGACCGAGGUCAUCAGCAGGCUGUCGCGGAGCCUGGAGGAGACACAGAAGCAGUGCGUCCACCUGCUGCAGUCAGGCUCCAUCCAGGAGGUGGCGCAGCUGCGGCUCCAGCUGCAGCAGGCACAGAAGGCGCAUGCGCUGAGCGAAAGCAUGAACAAGGCCCUGCAGGAGGAAUUAACAGAACUGAAAGAUGAAAUUUCUCUCUACGAAUCUGCUGCAAAGCUAGGAAUACUUCCAAGUGACUCGGAAGGAGAAGUAAAUGUAGAACUGAGCGAAUCAUAUGUCCAUUUGGGUAUUAAAAAAGCCAACUGGAAAAAAUCCAAAGUUAACAGCAGUGUGCAGCACGAAGACCCCAGCAAGGAGCUUUCAACAGAUGAGGUCAUCCUGAGGCUCAAGGCAGACGUGCGGCGUUUGCUGGACAGCAACUCGGCGAAGCGUCACCUGGUGUCUCGGUUACAGAGUGACCUCAGAGCCUGUCACCAGAAAAUUGAGGAUCUCCAGCAAGCAAAGGAUGGCGGGAGCCUGGAGGCUGAGAUGAAAAUCAAUACCUCAGAAAACUCAGGGACUCCCUUAUGGCCUGAUGCUUCUUCCGAUGGAGCUGUCCGAGAUAAUGUUCUGCAGCUUAGAAAUGAAAUUCAAGUUUUGCAACAACAGAAUGAGGAACUUAAAGAAGCCAAAGAAAAGCUGAGAAAUGCAAACCAGGAUUUGUGUAAUCAAAUGAGACAGAUGGUGCAGGAUUUUGACCGUGAUAAGCAGGAAGUUGUGGAUAGGUGCGAGAGGACCUACCAGCAGCACCACGAGGCCAUGAAAGCCCAGAUCCGCGAGAGCCUGUCAGCGAGGCAUGCUUUGGAGAAGCAGCAGCUGUUUGAGGCUUACGAGGGAGCGAACUCGCAGCUCCGGUCUGACCUGAAUAAGACGAGCAAGGAGCUGGUCGCUGCACAGGAAUGUUACCUGCAGGUGUGCAGGGAAAAGGACCACCUGGAGGCGGCGCUCAGGAAGGCCGUGGGGCAGGAGCAGGAGGCGCAGGAGCAGAAGAGGCAGCUGUUGGAAGAAAAAGAACAUAUAAGCAACCUUCAGGUGGAACUGGAAGAAAAGUAUCAAGAAGCGCUUGCCAUGGAAAGAAACAAGUGGCUGGAAGAGCAAGAAACUGACGUUAAACAGCGGGUGGAAAACGAAGUGAUGUUAGCCAGAGCGCGCUGGGACGAGGAGCAGAAGGAGAUCAAACGGAAACUAGUUCAACAGCUGGAAGGGGAGUGGCAGGCGAGGCUGGAUGAGACGCAAAAGGCAUCGUCGGGAAAGACGACCUCAGACUGCGGCAGCCAAACUGACUGCACCGCCGCCCUGGACGUCGAGUGCAAGGCCGAGGUGGCGGCAGCUACAGGAGAAGAGCAGCAGCGCCAGGUACAGCGAGACCUGGGGCGCGAGAAGGAAGCGGCCAUGCGGGGGGCUCUGAAGAAGCUUGAGAUCGACCUGGAGCUCAAGUACUGCCAGAACAUUACCAGACAGGUGGAAGCGGCUGUGCAAAGUGCGCGUCGUCGGUGGCUGGAGGAGCUGCCGGAGCUCGCCGAGUACAAGACUCGCCUGAGAGCUGAGCGCCAGAAGUGGGAGGAGCAGCAGGAGGCCGCCGUGGCCACGCGGCUCUCGUGUGCGGUGUCGGAAGCUAAAGAGAAGUGGAGACGCGAGCUGGAGGACGCGAAGAAGGGCGGGGCUCCCGGGCAGGAGCUGGAGGAGCGGGUCCGAGCCCUCCAGAAGGAGCUGGAGCUGAAGGAUGAGGAGCUCCCCGUGGCCGUCAGGGCCGAGCUGGCGAAGGCGCGCAGCGAGUGGAACAGAGAGAAGCAACAAGAAAUCCGCAGACUUCAGGAGCAGAACGAGCAAGACUACCGGCAGUUUUUAGACGAUCAUCGGAACAAAAUUAGUGAGGUACUUGCAGCAGCUAAAGAGGACUUUGUGAAACAAAAAGCUGAGCUGCUUUUGCAGAAGGAGACAGAGGUGCAAGCCUGUCUAGACCAAAGCCGGAGGGAGUGGACGGUGCAGGAAGCCAAGCGGACGCAACUCGAGAUCCACCGGUACGAGGAGGACCUCCUGAUGGCCCUCGGCCACCUCCUGCGGGCCACUCCGGAGGAGGGCGCGCGCGGGCCGGAGGACAGGCAGCUAGUGGGCAUCCUGUCGGCUUGUUCUUCCAAGUGGGUGUCUGUGCAGUAUUUUGAGAAACUGAAGGCCUGCGUACAGAAAGCCCUGCAAGAUAGGCCCUGCUUAUCUACGGAAGAUGCAGGGCCGGAGCAGGAGAAGAGGAGCGCGGCUGAGCUCUCCACAGGCCCUGCCUGCAAAGGCCCUGGCAGAAGAGACCCUGGGGUCCCAACGGCCCGGCCCACACCCCCUCCUGGACCCCAUGCCUACCCUGCAGACUUGCCGGAAGCUGCAGCAGGAGCUGAUAAGGAAGAGAGCCAGGAAAGCAAAGAUUUAUGCUGUGGACAAUGCCUUGAUGAACUUGAAAAGUCAAAGCAAGAGUGUCAAGACCUGAAGAGAAAACUGGAGAAAAGCUGUAGGCAUCUUCAGCAUCUGGAGAGGAAGCACCAAGCUGCAGUGGAGAAGAUAGGAGAAGAGAAUACUAAAGUUGUUGAAGAAUUAAUAGAAGAAAACAACGACAUGAAGACUAAAUUGGAAGAACUACAGAUGCUCUGUAAAAUGCCACCAAGGUCCCAGUCAGAGGGGGCCGUGGAAAGCGCCCGUCGGCCGGGUCACGAGCAGGCCCUGGAAGAGCUUCGCGGGCAGUACAUGAAAGCCGUGAGGAAAAUCAAGCGCGACAUGCUCCGCUACAUCCAGGAGAGCAAGCAACGGGCCUCGGAAAUGGUGAAGGAGGAGGUGCUACGGGAGCGCCAAGAGACCGCCCGCAAGAUGCGCAAGUACUACCUGAUUUGCCUCCAGCAGAUUCUGCAGGAUGAUGGAAAAGAAGAAGGGGCGGAGAAGAAGAUUAUGAACACUGCGAGCAAGCUUGCUACAAUGGCGAAGUUGCUGGAAACGCCAGCUUCUCAUAGACUCCAGAGCAGAGCGCCACAGCCCGAGACGCUGGCUGAAGUUGAAACGCCAAAAAGAACCCUCGAGAACCACAGUCCGCCCUGCUGCACUGAGAGGGAGCCGCGCAGCGUGACAGCCGAGCCCCGAGGCGCGAGCGGACAGGCGGCUACCAAGAGGGCCGCGUGUAACUUGGAAAGGCGGUUGCAGGAUCCCGAGCCCAGGGCCCUGCAGCGGGUGGGCUCCGACGGGUUACUGUCAGACUUCCACUUGGGGGACGGUCGUUGCACGCACCCGGACAUGUCGCCCAGGACUAUUUCUCCUGAGUUUGCGCCAUGCGAAGGCAAGGGCGGCUCGGCUGUGCACAGGAAGAGAGCGCUGCUCAGCGCCGAGCCGCCCCGAGGCCUGCGCGGAGCGCCCUGCCCGAGGCGGAGCCCUGGGCUCGCCGCCUCGGGAUCCACACUCGCACCCUUCCCCUCGCCCAGCCGGAGCCCGGGCUGCGAGCCGCACAUGCACGCUUCCCCGGGCCGAGGGCUGGGUGUCCAGGAAACUCCGGUGAAGGACGGGGGACCCCUCGGUGACUCCAUCGGCUGGCUCUCAGACAGCACUUUACCCUGCCAUAGUCUGGAAGUGUCGUUCUUGUACGAUCAGCCACAGGGGACGCCGCAUGCGCAGGAUGAACCCUGGAAGCUCUCGGCAGCCCACUGCCUUUCAGAUGCAGAGGUGGGCGGGCAGCUGACGAAGCACCAGAGAGACCCUGCUCCGCGCGAAGCCAGGUGUCCCCAGCGAGGCAGGCCAGGCGGGAUUCGACACCCAGCUUCCCCAAGGGCGGCUGUGUGGAUGUCAGAGUUCAGAACUGGGAGUGGUCCCCUGGCUGCCCCGGGGGUUCUGCAGCCUCCGCGACCACCACCGCCUCGCCUGUCUACGCAGCAGGACAGUGGCUUCGACAGCCCGUGCGUGCAGCUAGACUAGCGGCGCUGUGCCUGAAGAGACUCGCUAAUCUAUCAGAAGGAAACCAAAGAGAAGGCUUGACACUGAUAAACUGUGGGCUCAGCCUCCUUCGAGAUGUUUUAAUAACUUUUAUUAUGAAUAAAUCAUUCUCAUUAAAGUAUUUGGGAUAUUUAUGUUGCCUUACUCCACAGGCUGGAUGGGACGUGUGUAUUCUGCUUUCAUGUGGUGCUUGUAUUU